AUGGAACAACCUUCAGUCACCUCAUCCGCCACUCGAUCAGUUGACUAUUUAGGUCAAUCUCAUCAAUGGUCUGACACUGAUGUUCUUUAUUCUUACAAAGAAAUUAGUAGUCAACUUAAUGCUUGUGCUCGUAAAUGUCGUGAUGAAAAAGAAAAAGAACGAAAUAUCAGCAAACAAUUACAACGACGAAAAGAAUUAUCAGCAUUAAAAGCCGACGAGAAACGUUUAGUUCGAAUGAAAAAUGCUUUAUGGAGACGUAUGGGUCCUACUCUUGGUGUAGUUGCUAAAGGAAAUAAGCUAGUGUCUCCAAGAACCUUGAAAUGGCAAAAGGAGUGUGAUAUACUUUGGUUAUUUGGUCCGCUUUAUCAACCUGAUAGCGAUCCAUUCAUGGAUGACGAUGACGACGAAACAUUGGUUGGUAGUCCACCAGCUACUUGUUUUCUUAAAAAACCAGUUGAACGCGAUCCAUUAAAAGAUCUGAUCUCUUAUGCUUGUGAAUUAAUGUUGCUCAAUAACAAAAAUGAUAAGACUGCUAUUGAUAAUAAAUUUUACGAAAAGAUUUUCAACAAUCGUAAUUAUGGCCAUGGCAGUAAAGCUUAUUAUUAUAAUAAUGGUAAUGAUAAAUUGUCAUCACCACCCGAGUAUUAUCAUCAGGAGGAACAACAAAAACCAAAAAAGAAAAAAUCUAUUAGAUUUAGUCGUAAUUUGGAACAAGUUCACUACACUCCUACUCAUUAUUCUAUCAGACCACCUCCUGCAAGACUUAACGAUAAUGGCAACGAUUAUCAUCAAAUAUUCGCUCGGGCUAAAGAACAAGUUAAAUCAACUGGUAAACUUCAAUUAUUUGGUGAAGAUGGUUCUUUGUUAGUUGAUGAUGAUGAUGAAUUCAUCAUGCCAGUCUUAUCUUCUUCUCCUACUGCAGCCACCAAAAAUCAACCAAAACCAGUAGCAACAGCUCAACAAAAAAAAUCAGUUUCCACCAACUCUAGUAAAAGUCGUAACAAUAAAAAUGCUACGGUGCAACAAAUUAAUAAUAGAAAACUCAAUAAACAUCAUCGUGGUGUAACAACAAACCACGUGGUGGAACAUUCUGAAACACUAGAUGAUUCAGGAGUUGUGAAACGAUGUGUUGAUGUUGCGUCCAAUGUAAAAGAUGUGUGGAAAGCGACACUCCAAGACGAAUUAGAGAUUAUUGAAGCUGGUCACUGUCAAGGAGGCGAUUCCUAA